GACCCUCUAUUCUGACGUUUUAUGCUCUGAGGAAUGUCAGACGAAAAAGCUUUUAGUAUGUUGCAAAAAGUUUGGUUUUUUAAGCUGUUUUCAAAACAAAAUAUGUUCUUUUUAAGGAUUUCAGAAAGUCUAGCAGAAUUUGCUGAUCAGGAGGUCAAUCAAAGGGCGCAUCGGGACAUUUCCCGUCUCGGUGGGUCAGUCCGCUUCUGCGCAGACACAGAAGUUCUUAUAAAACGUGUAACUUGCUACAGUUAGUUGAAUCUUUGUUAGUUAGCAAAGCUUGGCAACUGUACUGCAAAGCUAUUUUUUUGCAGGUGGUGGAAAUCUUUUCAAUAGUAGAACGUAACUGGGUUAAUAGCCCUCUUGUGUCCACAAAAGCUCUAAAAACAUUCCUUUUAAGCCUUUAGAAGCAUUCAAUUUCGAAAGUUUACAAGAAACUUCCUUAGCAACACCGUGAAACGCAGCAAAGCAGGCCUUGGUCUCACUUAAACAAGAAUGAACGCACUAAAGGCAAUUGCUGCAGCUAUAGUCUUACUUUCAACAGCAACCGUCUUUAAUACCUUCCUUGUUAACAGGGAGAGCAGGGACAAAAAUGUUUUCUCAACUGAAUACAUUGGCAGAGGUUCCGUUUUGCAGUUUCCUUUGAUGUCAGAGAGAGUCAAACAACCAUGCUGCAAAUGGGAUGAGGAUAUUCUUGGAAGAUUGAAAGUCGAUCUCAGUGAUGUUGAUUUGAACGAGCUAGCAAAGAAGAAUGGAUUUCUUGAAGUCAAGUUCGGUGGGCAUUGGAAGCCAUCUGAAUGCAAACCAAGACGCAAGGUGGCGAUUAUAAUUCCAUUUCGCAAUCGUGAAAAACACUUGGCCAUUUUACUGCGAUAUUUGCAUCCAAUUCUUCAAAAGCAAAAACUAGAAUAUAGGAUUUUUGUUGUUGAACAGAUUGACGACAAGCCAUUUAACAAGGGCAAGAUGAUGAACGUUGGAUUCCAGCAUUCGCAAAAGUAUAACGAUUUUGACUGUUUUGUCUUCCAUGAUGUUGAUAUGAUACCAGAAGAUGACAGAAAUGACUAUGGGUGUCCCUCAAGUGUGAGACACAUGGCUCCUGCCGUUGAUAAAUUUAAUUACAAAUUAUUCAGUCCAUAUCUUUUUGGAGGGGUGACGUCAUUCAAUAAGGACAAAUUUGUUAAAGUGAAUGGUUUCCCGAACAGGUACUACGGAUGGGGUGCAGAAGACGAUGAUAUGUUCCAUCGAGUCAGAACUCGAAGAUUGCGCUUUUUGCGGCCAGCAAUGGAGUUUGGGCGCUAUACUAUGAUAAAACACCAAGAAAGCGAAAAGAAUGCGCAUGCAAAAAAGCUUCUAGAAAAAGUUGAAAAAUAUAUAGAUAAAGAUGGCCUGAAAUCUUUGAGGUACACUGUGGUGGCUACAAGAAAUAUGACUUUGUAUACAAAGAUUGGUGUUGACUCACAAAUGACAGAAGAGGAAAAGAAAUUAACGACAGCCAAAGGAAAAAAUUGAAAAGUAUCAAUUCGAGCCAGCAACUUAAAUUGAAAAUUUUAUCUGUAAAUCUUUAAAUGAAUUGUAAAAACAGAAUCGUUUGAAUUUGUUAUUGGUAUUAAUUUAAGCAAUUUCUUCUAUGAAAUUAAGUUUCCAUCAGAUCAUUCUAACGAGUCAAACCCAACAGACAUUUUGCUUGCACGUUUGGCGUUUUACAAUAGUCGUGCAUAUUCCAAGUCUGUCUAUGUCAGAGACUUCUUGAUACUGACUGAUAAAUAUACGGUCACGAGAUUUGUUCAACGAGUGACCUUUCUACAUACUGCAAAUAUGUUUUGGCGCUUCAAAUUCAAAUGAUGUAGUAAAGGCAUUGACCAUUUCUAGAGCUUUUCAGUCAACCAAGCAUUCAAAAUAGGAACUGUGAUUCAUUCUUUGAACUGCUGUUUGAAUCCAGGUUCAAAGAUAUUGGCAGUCACAUUCAAAAACUUUGCACCUACUUACUGAAAGAGCUUUAGAUAGAUCAUCAAAUCUUUGCCAAAGCUACCAUAAUAUUGAAACAUUUAGAGCAAGCCAGUUAAUCAAAAUUAAGCCAAAAUGAUCCUCAAAUUCGACAAUCCCACUUCGAAUUCAAAUUUUUCUGAUCAAGCCUGUCCCAAAGAUUUUAUCAAUCUUCAGUUUUUGCUAAAUUGUCUACAAAGCACAAAUUUUUUGACUAAAAAUUACAAUAGGCCGGUUCCCACUUGAGCGAAUUCUUCAGCGAAUUCACCAAGUGCGUUUCCAUUCAGAUGGAAGUAAUGUUUCGCUGGAAAGUUGAGCUUCUGGCAACUUUUAUAUUCCGAUAGCUAAUUCGCCUAUGCCCGGGAAGAACAAGACAUUCUAAUCGCUGACGAAUUCGCUGAAGAUUUCGCUCAGGUGGAAACCGGCCUUUAGGCUGAUUGACCGCCAUGUUAUCCGGACUUGAGUCAUUUUAUGGUCCGACAAGCGUGCAAAAGUCUCAAGACUGAGAGUAUAUGUUUUUUUAGGUUUCGUUAGCUAUGACAACAUUUUUUAGAUUCGUGUAAAUAAUCGUUUUAAGUUUUAGAGAAUCGCAUUUUCAAAUAUAAACUGUUAGUAGCUUUUAUGGCAUGAUCAUUCUUAAUCAACCUCUCAAAAUUUCGACAGUCCCGGAGGAUCCCAAGAAAGUCUCUGCAUUCGACUUAGUCAUUGAUUACUAGGAAGAUAAUUGCUCUCACUAACUGUUUCUUAAAAUAGUACUUGUGUUUUAAAGAGUAUUUGAUGCAAUUUUUCCUGUUUAACGAUGCACGUAUGGGAGUAACAUCGCUUUGAGAAGCUUUCCAAGGGGCAGAUGGCCACAUGUACGUCUGUGCAACUGUUCCGACAAACGAUAAUAUUUUGCCAAAACUGUAAUUCUUCUUUUGUUUGCAAGUUUCUCUGGCUUUUGCAGAGAAUUCAGCUGCAACAUUUGGCUAAUCUUUUUUCAAAUUAUUCUCAGAAAGCUAAGCGUGUGUUUGAGUCGGUGAAUUGCAUGCUCAGUGAAUUUAGGAAGUUGCUAGAUGCAGCAAUUCUUGUAAGAAAACAGCGCUUGAUAAUAUUGUUCGUAAUGAAGUUUGCUGAUAUCAUCGUGUCCUCUGGUAGAAAAAUUUAGUGUACAAGAAACGGAUAAGUCGGAGAAAAGCUUAUUCUGAGUGCCGAGACUUCGCAUAUUCAAAAAAUUACAGGAAAAUGAGGCUAAACAGAGACAAAUCCAUCGAUGAUUAUGGAGGUUGUACAGUUUCAGGAAAAGGGCUCAUUCGAGGAACGGUUGGCAAGCCAACAUCAUUUUUCGUUCAUACGGCGACCUUAGAUCUCCUAUAUCUCAGCUAUGGGAUAAAAGGCCCUUUGAACAGCGAGUUGCCACAGCAGUCGCUCAAAUCUGAUAUUUAUUGCAUUGAGCCAAACCUGCAUGGUGUUGUAUACUACGCGACACACCCAGGGCUGUAUCAGGUAUCUAUCAAAUGGAACGGAAGAGAUGUAUGCGGAUCUCCUUUCAACGUCAGUAUAUGCAGCGUGAGCCAGGAAAGCUCGUCGGAUGAAAACGACCAAGAUAAAAACACUUCCCUUUCAGACUCAAAAACUACAGAGUAACUUGAUGGUUUGGAGAGAUUUAGUUAGAAAUUUUUAGUAAUUCAUGUUUUUAGUAAAGCAAAAUAAUAACAUUUUGAACUGACCCUCCCCAUCGUAUUAUUGAUGUAGAAAAACAUUUUUCGCUUCUUCGUUUUUCCUUAACACACUUUUCACAAGACAAUCGCAAUUGGAAGGCCUCUUUGAAUUCGUUAUUGGGUCACGUGUCAUUAAGCCGUAUAUGUAUUGUGAUGUAUUAGUAAAGUAAAUAGAGUUCUUCCUGCUAUGUCAUUUAUUUCAGUGAUUGGUUUUGUUGGUUUCUUUCUUUCCCUCGUUCUCGUUCUGUUUCAGGAAUUCCACUUAUUUCUGUAAACGAGGCUAAGAUUUGUCAUAGAUCUAGCCGUUAGCAAAAAUCUCGCUUCGCUGAAAGCAGUUUACUUUUAUUUGAAAUCGGCUAACGUCAUUGAUUCAAUUAUAUUAGGGGGGCUGUUAUAACAAGUGACGACUCCUAAAGCGAUUUUUAGACCAGUCGAAGCUUUGGAGUCAACUGUGUGGGUGGAAGAGCGGGGAAUAAAUAGGCCUUGCGAAAGGAUUUAAUUACAGAGACAAUGAUUUCCUUCAUUUGAUGUUCAUUUAAUCAGCAAUAACGCAUUUUUUUACAAAAACCAGAAAACCAUCAUACAAAGCUUUACAAAAACAGAACAAAAAUUAUAUACAUUACAGAGAAAAAGCGAAACAGAUAUGAUAGCGAGAUUAUAAAGGACCAGAGUUAUCCUAUCACAACUUCAUUUAGGGGGGUAGGGUUGAAUAAUUUCUAAGGCAACUGCUUAGUAUCAAAAUUGUUGGAUUGCUAAACAAUCU